AUGGACAAACUCACUUCCUCCCUGCGGGCGCUAAGCACCGGGGGCGGUAGUGGCAAAUCAAGGGAACCUGCUAAGGAUCUUGCACCCGGUCUUGACUUCCCAACAGCACCUCAGCCCUCCCUGGAGCAACUGCCUGUUGAGCUUCAGCAACUCAUCAUGUCUCAAGCACCGGCCCUCUCAUCGCUAAGCGCGCUCGUCCACGCCUCGCCCCAGUUUCAUCGCGUCUACGUGGAGAACCGCGCGCCAAUCUUACGAUCGGUUCUGGCACAGGUUCUAAACGGAAUGCUUGUCGACGCCCUGGGAGCAUAUCACUCCGGCAAAGAACUUUUUCAACGGGUCCGCGAAGAGUCUAUGCUCUGGGCUUUCGUUGAAGAGUACGAAUCGAAGAACACAACGACGGCAAAAGACUGGAUGGCCGCAUUAUCCCCAGAAGACGUUAUCCACCUUCACCACUUCCAUACCUCCAUUAUAGAACCUCUCACCGACCGCUACGCCAGCUGGGCGUUAGCCUCGCUACCUGUCCCAUCGACAAGCGAGCAAACGCGAAAGCAGCCCCUCAGCAACACGGAGAGGUGCCGCAUCCAGCGUGCCAUGUAUCGAUUACAAAUCUUUUGCAACGUAUGUGGGUCUUUGGGAGAAGGUCGUACCUCUCGGGGAAGAAUCAAGAAUAACGUCGACCGUCUCCGUGUUCUCUCAAUAUUCCCGGCAUGGGAGAUCGAGGAGAUUGUGUGUUUUCACAGAUUCGCCGAGGAAAUGCAUGGCAAGGUUUUCAUGCAGGUAGCUUGGGAUUUAAACCCAGAAAACCCAAAAUAUAGACACGUGGAUAUAACUGAUAUCAACGAGGACUUGGUGCUUGUUUGGGAUGCCGAAGCCGAGGACGGAUCUAUCAACAAGGAGUCCCUAAACGCGGUACUCCGCUCCGGCCUCCAGCUCCUAUCCGAUACCCUGAAGACGAAAGAUCACGAGAAGCUGGUGAUCAUGAUGCGUGCCGCGGUCCUGUUAGGUAUGGGCGACCACAGUGGCGCUUAUGGAAACGACUGGAUAGACGACGCCCUCCGGGAGGACAUACAGGACGAGAGACGUGAGCGUUGGUAUUCUCACCGUGAUUCGGCCCAAGACUGGAGGCAGAAAACGCCUUUUGACGGUGAAAACCUGGACUCGCCGUCGCUUGGCUGGGUUUUGCUGUGGCAGGGCGAGUACAGCAAUCUCACCGGCAACUACAUAUCAGAGGAAUUGCGUCGUUGGGGCUUCGUCAUGUGGGACGCCGCCCGGCUGAACUCGAGGGCUGAGGCCCGGAUUGACUACCACACAUACUGUGGAUGGGACCCUAGGGAGGAAUAUUACCAUCCAAGUGUAAUUGACAGUUGGAAGAAAAAGUAA